GGUCUAUAAGUGAUCCCCGAGGCAGACGCAUCACCCCUUUUCCCAGGCUCCCUCUGACAAUGCUGCUGCGGCUCCUGUUCCCCACGGCUCCUGUUCCCUCCCGCUCUGGGGCUGAGGCUGGGGAGAUUAUCAGGGACAGGAAGCCCAGCCUCAGUCCAGAUCCUACGUGGCCUUUGUGAACACAGACCGAAGGAAAAAGAGCAAAAGGUUGCAGGGGAUUCCUGAUCCAGGAGGAUGUGGUGCUGACAACAGCUCAUUGUAACUGCAACCUGUGUCUCAUAAGUGACCCCAGAGGCAGACACAUUCAUCGCCUUCCUCAGCUCCCUCUGAAGAUGCUGUUGCUGCUGCUGCUGUUCCCCAUGGCCUUUGUCUUGCCCCCUGAGGCUCAGGCUGCGGAGAUCAUUGGAGGACAGGAAGCCCGGCCUCACUCCAGACCCUACAUGGCUUUUGUGAAAAUAGAGAGAGAAGGGAAAGGAGGAAACAUGUGUGGAGGGUUCCUGAUCCGGGAGGAUGUGGUGGUGACGGCAGCUCAUUGUAACUGCAACUUGGGUAACAUCUCCGUGCUGCUGGGGGCCCACAACUUUGCAAUAGAUGAACUGGGAAGACAGAAGAUUUGGGUACGUCGCCGAAUCCCCCACCCAGAAUUCAAUGACGAGACAUUUGAAAAUGACAUCAUGCUGCUGCAGCUGUGGAAUAAGGCCGAGAUGACCCAGACUGUGGGCACCAUCCCCCUGUCCCAGGAGAAGGUGAAGAAGGGGGCAGUGUGCAGCGUGGCUGGCUGGGGCCAGACUAGUAUCAGAACAAAUGCCCAGCCCUCCCCGACCCUGCAGGAGGUGGAACUGACGGUCAUGGGGAAAUGUAUGUGUCUAUCUCGGCCUUAUCUGCACUAUGUCCCGUCCAGGAUGCUGUGUGUGGGGGACCCCCAGGAGAGGAAGGCACCAUUCCUGGGUGACUCCGGGGGCCCCCUGGUCUGUGAUGGGAAGGCCCAGGGCAUUGUCUCUCAUGGCACUGGUGACUGGUCAACACCCAGUGUGUUUACCAGGCUCUCCAAAUACGUGUGCUGGAUCAAGAAAACUCUGCGCAAGCUGAAGCCUUAGAGGGGAACGUCCAUCUCUAGCGUGAGUGGAGAGAUAGAUAGGUAUUGCAGAGCGAUGGCCGGCUGCUGCCUAUCACAGAUGGAUUGAUAGAUGGACAUAUAGCUAAUGAUUUUAGUUUUCUUUGCUCAUUUUCUGUGCGAUGUUAUGAUUAAUUAACGUGUUAUGCUGUUCAUAAUCUUUCUAUGCUGAAUAGAGUUAAAUUGUAGCAUUACAGAAGCAUAAGAUUGAUCAGUCGUUGAAGUGAUAAUUAGGUAUUAGGGAUCUAAGAAAGGAGGUCUCAAACACAAGGCCUACAGGCUGAGGCCUGUAAGAUUUUAACUUAGCCAUAUUAGGCCAUAAGCUUAAGCAAUGCUUGACAUCAGUAAGUGACCAAAGAAUGACCCUAUGCCACAUGAUAACGGGAAAUGAAGUACCCAUGGAGGAUAUUGUAAAAAUUAACAGUAAGAGUAGUUUUUGCUUACAAAAUAUCCAACAGUCAGAUUUUUCUACCACAUGUCCUAACCACAGGGUGUACUAUGUGUGGAAAUGCUAAUGAGUAAUAGUUGGAAUUGCGUUAUAAAAAGAGGAUGCCCAGAUUAGGAAAACUGAGCUCCCUAUUGGAAACCCCAGCAAGAACCAUCCCUCCAUUGAUGCCAGCAGCUAGAGGACAGGGAGCGAAAUUAACAAGCAAACAUGGCAGAGGUGAAGGCACCAACAAAGCUGAGAUACUACAGCAAUGGGUAACACAAUCAGGGCAUGGGUGGAAGGAAGGAGGGGAUAGGUGAGGAAGGAAGGAAGGAUGGAGACUUGCAUAUGUGUAGGGAGAGCAGGAGGGAUGGGUGGCAGGAUGGAUAGAUAGAAGGGGUGAAUGGACAUGGAGGUUGUAGGAGGAAGAGAGAGCACAGAAUCAUAGAAUAUCAAGGUUGGAAGGGACCUCAGGACUUCAUCUAGUCCAACUCCCUGCUCAAAGCAGGACCAAUCCCCAACUAAAUCCUGAGACGCACAACCUGCUUUAAGAGGCCUGGAGUAAAGUCUAAGGCCUGAAAUAAAAUCAGACUCUGCUGAAACAAAGUAAAUUUAGCAAGAUUUAGGCUAUAAGGAAAAGGUUUCCACAUCCCUUUUAGGGCUUAUGUCCGACCUUCCCACCCUGUUUCCAUUGGCACUAAAGUUUGGUGCCAUCGGCCACUUUGAAAAUGUGUGUGCAUGUGUUUGACUAGGGGAAGUGUUGUGUAUGUUUGUG